UGUUUGCCAACAAUGACCAUUAGUCAUGCUGCAAUCRUUAAGUUGUAUUGUUGUACUAUGUGUUUUAAAUCACGGAAUAAAUGCACAGUUUGAAGAUUUACAGAUUACCUUUCCCGAUGACUUCCUAACGCCGUAUAAAGGACAUACCAGAASUAAGAGAUCUUUGCGAUAUGUACGCGAUUGUCAACCAGUUCGCUUUGGGAACCGUACUCAUGAAGAAUUCCCAGCCUCUAGAAAGACGUUUAGAGCUCAAGAUCAGUUUGUCCAAGUCCAUAAUUUGUUCUAUGAGUACUAUAAAGGACAAGACAAGCGGCAGGUUUAUGGACAUUACAGUGUUGUAGACGAUCCUCUACGAACUUUCUCUAUUCUUGAGCCUGAAAACAUUGGUGGUUGCAAAAAAUAUGCAAGGGCAACAGUGGCAGAAACAUCGAGACAAAGAAAUUGUGUAGUAGCAACGAAUGCAGGCUUUUUCCGAACUAAGAAUGGUAAAUGUUUGGGUAAUUUGUUUAGCGAUGGUCGAUUGAUUGUAGACGCAGAUGGAGUACAAAAUGCUAAUUUUGGUAUACGUAAAGAUGGUACUAUCGUGACUGGAUAUUUAUCAGAGGAGGCAGUGCUYGAUCAAGAAAACCCUUUUGUACAAUUAGUUUCUGGAGUCACAUGGCUUGUUCGUAAUGGCGAAAGUUUCGUAAACGCGAGCAAGAAAAUUGAAUGUGAGGAUUUGCAAGAAACAGGUUCAGUGGAUCUCUUUGUGAAUGUUAUUUCUKGUAGAACUGCAAUAGGUCAUGAUGCCAAAGGGAGGGUGGUAGUGGUACAAGUGGAUGGACGCACUCAUCAAAGGGGUAUGAACUUACAUGACUUUUCAGAAUACCUAAAGAAGCUUGGUCUUGUGAAUGCUAUAAAUCUUGAUGGRGGAGGAUCUGCAACAUUUGUGGUUAACAGAACGACUGUGAACUACCCAAGUGAUCAGUGUGGAACAUUCAUAUGCCCAAGAAAAGUGUCCACAAUAGCUUGCUUUCAUGAGCCUGACUGUGACCCAAAUGAUUGCAAUGAUCAUGGGAAAUGUGUUAUGGGUUCUUGUCWAUGUAAUCAGUACUGGACAAAAGACAAAUGUGAUGUAUUAAAAUGCAGUGAAUUGAAGUGUUACUCACAUGGAACUUGCACUGAAGAGGGAUGUAAGUGUUUUCCUGGAUGGACAGGUAGAGACUGUCAAAAGGCUUGUCCAGCUGGAUUAUUUGGAGCAAACUGUAGCUCACAAUGCAGUUGCUUCAAUGGUGGAAAAUGUGAUUCAAAAACUGGAGACUGCCACUGCCCAGCAGGUUUCAUGGGCAUUCUUUGUGAGACAGAGUGUCCUCCAGGAAGGUAUGGACCAAGUUGUGCACAAGUCUGCAACUGUACCAAAUCAUGUGAAUGCAAUGGUGUGACUGGAGUUUGUGGUCAGCAGUCAUACAAWCAUUUAACUGAUUCAUAUCCUUGGAAUAAUCAUUCUGAAGAAUGGGCCAAAUGUCUACAUUUAAAUCAAGGAAAAUGGGKAGAGCACUCAACAAAUUUACGCUCAGAAAACCAGUCAAUGCGGAAUGAAUAUGAGAAGCUACUAUACUGGUUUAUUGGUAUUGUAAGUCUUUGUGCUGUUAGYGUAUUGGUUAAUUGUAUCCUAAUAUAUCUUUACUGCCAAAUAUCCACAAGAAGGAUAUCAAGACCAAGACAAAUAGAGUUUGCAUCUGAUGAAGAACUUUGAGAGUUCUAGAACCUUUUACAAAGAUAUUUCUUUGUAUAAUGAUCACCACUGUAAAACAAUAGGAGGAUACCAUUAUGAAGAAAACAAGUUUGGCUCAGAUGGUGAAUUUUUUGACUGAAAAUUACAAUUAAGCCAAAGAAGAAUGUGCAGUGACAUAAAAAACUGUACCUUAAUAUCAAACUUGGAUUUUAUACAAUAUUAUUUAGAAUAUUAGAGUCUCUAACUGGCAGGAUAUUUUAUAUAAAAAUGAUUAUAGAAGAGUAUUGUAAUUAUGAUAAUAGUGAUAUCAAUUUUAAAUUAGAUUAGAUAACUUAUUACUCUGUAUUUUGUCUAAUGUUUUCUAAAAAAGUAUAUAUUGAAUUUAUUAGUGGGGAAUAUCUAAUAUUGUCAAAAUCUAUUAAAUUAUUGUAUUAUUG